ACUACCACAAAUCUUCUUCCUCUCUCUUUCGCACCCACGAAAAGAACGCCUCCUGCUCCGGAGGAAGACAAGCUGCGCCGCGCGCCCGCUAGAUCUCCGGCCAGAUCAGCGCCUCCGCCGCCGUCCCUCUCUCUCUCUCUCUCUCUCUCUCUGCUCCCCUCCGUACUCCACUCCAGUAGACGAAGAAGCUGUGGUCGGCGGAUCCCGACCAGCCGGCGACGACGCCACCCCGCUCCCUCGGCGACGGCACUCCGGCCUGCCUCAAUUCGAGAUCCUUUCUUCUUCGAAGGGAUUCGACGGAUCGCCGGUUGUACCGACUCCGCCGGAGCCAGUUUUGUCCGGAUCUGAUCGCGCUUUGAGAUCCGCUUCAUCUCUCGCCUUUUUCAGACGCAGAAGACGAAGCGUAGCGAUCGGCGAUUGUAAUCGGCGGAUCCAUCCGUCGUUCGAAAUCCGCGUCGCCGGAUCUUAACUUCUCCAGAUCCGACACACUUUUUCUAAAGGUUAGUGAAGCCAUCGAUCGUGCUGAAUGCUUCAUUGAUCGCGUGAUUAAUCGCAGUGAAAGCAUGGUUACUUCAAGCACUAAAAUGAUUAGAUCAUCCUCAAGCUGUUGAUUUUGUGAAAUCACUGGAAAAGCUGGUUAGAUCAUCAUCAAGCGACGCUUUUGAGUCAAUUUUGACUAAUUUAGCUAAUUUGUGCGGUUUAGGUAGGUAAGGGAGACGGUGAAGAUGUCUCAAAGCACGAUCCGCAAAACGCUGGGGGCUGUCAAGGACCAGACAAGCAUCAGCCUCGCAAAGGUGGCAAGCAACAUGGCGCCAGAGCUGGAAGUAAAUAUCGUGAAAGCCACGAGCCAUGAUGAUGAUCCUGUGGAUGAGAAAUACAUUCAUCGGAUCCUGAAUUUGACUUCAUACUCACAGGGAUACGUUCGUGCAUGUGUUUCUGCACUUUCAAAGCGACUGAGCAAGACACGCGACUAUAUUGUGGCUCUCAAAUCCCUAGUGGUCAUCCAUCGUUUGUUGAAUGAUGGAGACCCAAUUUUUCACAAUGAGAUAAUGCAUGCGACCAGGCGUGGUGCUAGGUUGUUGAAUUUGUCUGAUUUUAGAGAUGAGGCUCACUCUAGUUCAUGGGACCACUCGGCUUUUGUGAGAACUUAUGCUAUGUAUUUGGAUCAGAAACUCGAGUUGAUUCUAUUUGAUAGAAAGAGUGGUGGCGGCAGCAAUCCCAGUGGAAGUGCUAAUGGUGGUGGUAGUGUUUACAGUGAGGAUAGGUAUGGGAAUCGAGAUGAUUUUCGGUCCCCACCACCCAGAGGGAAUGAUUAUGAUUAUGGUGAUUAUAGAGGAGAAUAUGGUAAUUAUGGGGGGAUGAGAAGGUCAAGGUCAUAUGGGGAUAUGAGCGAUGGUGUGGCUGUGAAAGAAGGGAAAGAAGAGAGAAGGGUAGUGACUUCAUUGAGGGAAAUGAAGCUAGAAAGGCCAUUGGACCGGUUCUUGGUGUGUAGGCCCACUGAUCUGGCAAAGAAUAGCAGGUUGAUCUUAGUUGCAUUGUACCCUGUUGUGAAGGAGAGUUUUCAGGUAUAUGCUGAUAUCUGUGAGGUUUUGGCUGUUUUGCUUGAUAAGUUUUUCGAUAUGGAGUACCAGGAUUGCAUCAAGGCUUUCGAUGCUUAUUGUAGUGCGGCUAAGCAAAUUGAUGAGUUGAUUGCAUUAUACAAUUGGUGUAAGGAUACAGGGGUGGCUAGAUCAUCUGAAUAUCCUGAAGUGCAAAGGAUUACCAGUAAGUUGUUGGAGACAUUGGAGGAGUUUGUGAGGGAUAGAGCAAAGAGACCUAAGAGCCCAGAGAGGAGAGAAGAAUUGCCCCCUGUGGCUAAGGAGGAGGAGCCUGUGCCAGAUAUGAAUGAGAUAAAGGCAUUGCCUCCACCAGAGAAUUAUACUCCUGCACCACCACCAGAGCCAAAACCAGAGCCCCCAAAGCCACAAGUGACACAGGAUUUGGUGGAUCUGAGGGAUGAUGGAGUUACUGCUGAUGAUCAAGGUAAUAAAUUUGCAUUGGCUCUAUUUGCGGGGCCGCCAGCUAAUACAGGGAAUGGUUCGUGGGAAGCAUUCCCUUCUAAUGGUGAACCAGAAGUGACUUCUGCUUGGCAAACCCCAGCUGCUGAAUCUGGCAAGGAAGAUUGGGAAUUGGCUUUGGUGGAGACUGCUAGUAACUUGUCAAAGCAGAAAGCAGCUUUAGGUGGUGGUCUUGAUCCAUUGCUACUGAAUGGCAUGUAUGACCAGGGAAUGGUGAGGCAGCAUGUGAGCACUGCUCAACUGACUGGAGGUAGCGCAAGCAGUGUUGCUCUACCCGGCCUUGGAAAGAGUACAACCCCAGUAUUGGCUCUCCCUGCACCCGAUGGAACUGUCCAAACAGUUAACCAGGACCCUUUUGCUGCAUCAUUGAGCAUCCCUCCUCCUUCAUAUGUACAGAUGGCGGAAAUGGAGAAGAAACAGCAUUUGGUUGUGCAGGAGCAACAACUAUGGCAGCAGUAUGCUACAGAGGGGAUGCGAGGUCAAGCCACUUUGGCCAAGAUUGGUGGGACAGGUUACUAUGCACCAGGUGCUCCUGUGAUGCCACCAGUCAAUGGGAUGGGACCGCCAGCCGGGUAUUAUUAUUCUCCUUAUUGAUGUUGCUUGCCUAUCACCAUACGAGUCUGUUUUUUCUCAUUUCAUCCAGUCGUGUAUCUAGUUAUAUUACAAUACGAUCCUUUUUUUAUUGUGAUGUGCGGGUUUUGGGAAGAGGGAAGAGUGAACCCGGGUAGAUUCUUUUUGCGGUAGAUAUUUGGAUGGUGACAUCCAGUGCAUCCUGUACCUGCUCGUGCUUCUUUUGAUAAUCAGAAUUUUCCAUUACCACAGCCUCUUAUGCA